AUGGGAAAGGACAAGGAGAAAAGACAAGAGCUGAUCAAGAAUCCGAAAGGCACGCGAGAUUGGUCGGGCGAAGAUGUUGAUCUACUUGAAGACAUCCUCGCUCAAAUAUCUCGGAUCUUCCGUCGUCAUGCCGGGAAGAAACUUGAUACUCCAGUGUUUGAGCGUGAAGAGGUGCUGAAGGGCAAAUAUGGCGAGGACUCGAAAUUGAUCUACGACUUAAAAGACCAAGGCGGAGAGUUACUGUCGUUGCGAUAUGAUCUGACUGUUCCCUUUGCCAGAUGGCUGGCCAUGAAUGCAAACCUCAAGAACUAUAAGAGAUUUGCCAUAAGCAAGGUCUACCGAAGAGAUCAGCCCGCGAUUGCGAAAGGCCGCAUGCGGGAGUUCUACCAGUGUGACAUUGACUUUGCCGGGGCCAGCGAUCCGAUGAUGGCAGACAGCGAAAUUAUUGCGAUCAUCGUCGAGGUCUUUGAGUCGCUGGAGUGGAGUGGCAGAUACACAAUCAAACUCAACGACCGAAGAAUCCUGGACGGCCUAUUUGAAGUGUGUGGCGUGCCAGAGGAGAAGAUCAGAAUGAUAUCCAGCGCGGUGGACAAGUUGGACAAGUUGCCCUGGGAAGAGGUGAAGAGGGAGAUGGUCGAGAUGAAAGGGCUUGACGAAGCGGUGGCAGACAAAAUUCAGACUUAUGUUACAAGAAAAGGCCGAAAAGAUCUGCUCGAGGAGCUGCAGAAAGAUGAAACGUUAAUGAGCAACGCAAAGGCAAAUAAAGGCAUCGGAGAAAUGGAGAUUCUGAUGGAAUAUCUCUCCGCAUGGGGUGCCCUGGACAAGGUCUCGUUUGACCUUUCUCUCGCCCGUGGUCUUGAUUACUACACUGGUGUUAUCUACGAAGUCGUCACUGAAGGCUCUGCUCCCGUCAUCGCGAAUGGCGCCGAGGUUGCUAAAGAAACACCAAAGCAAGGCAAGAGGGAGAAAAAGGCACUCGAUGAAGACGAGGAUCGCUCCAAUGACCCUUCGGUCGGCAUUGGCUCUGUUGCAGCCGGGGGUCGCUAUGACAACCUUGUGGAACGCUUCCGACCGAAUGCAGAUCUUCCUUGUGUGGGUGUCAGUUUCGGGGUCGACCGCAUCUUCAGCAUUACCAAAGCCAGGAUUGCCAAGGGCGAAUCCUUCAGCUAUGUUUCUUCCAAUGUACCCGACGUGUAUGUAAUGGCCUUUGGCGGUGGUGGUUUCGACGGUAUGGCCAAGCAGCGCAUCGAAAUUACGAAACGUUUGUUGAACGCCGGUCUGAAAGUGGAAUUCACAUACAAGAAGAAGCCUAAACCGCAAGUCCAAUUCAAAAAUGCCGAGACGGCUGGCGCACCGUUCGCAGUUAUUCUCGGGGAGGAUGAGCAGGCAAGAGGGGAGGCCAGAGUCAAGGAGAUGGGUGUACCCGAUGGCCAUCCUGAGAAAGAAGGCGUCCUGGUCAAGAUUACUGACCUAGCGACCGAGGUUUCCAAGCGGGUUGAGAUGAAGAAAAUGGUCUCUAAAACGGGAGAGAUGACAGCGAGUUAA